ACUCAGCAUUUGCAAACCCCAAAAUGGCCGGAAGGCCACCAGCAAAGCGUCCAUUCGGUACAAAAGCCUCGAACAGGCGUAGACGAAGCAUACAGCGAAGAAAUAAUUCCCAGAACACUCGAAACAAACAGAAGUAAUUUAGCAAAGCCAUGGAAGUGGAGGGAUCUUCGAAGGAAAUGAUCGCAACGCAGGCUGAGAUGGUGGAGGCGAGGGUCCCACUUCCAUACAGAGACCAAUGCGCCCACCUUCUGAUCCCACUCAACAAGUGCAGGCAGUCCGAGUUAUACCUACCCUGGAAGUGCGAGACCGAGCGCCACUCCUACGAGAAGUGCGAGUAUGAACUCGUCAUGGAGCGGAUGCUCAAGAUGCAGAAGAUCCGUGAAGAAGGGGCCAAGUUGAAGCAGCAGCAGCCGAUUCCGCUCAUUCCCAAAACUGCCCAGGCUUCUUAGACAAACAUAUCCCAAAUGGGCGUCUUGAAACUGUUCAGAGAGGUGCAGGGUUUAAUCCUUUUCACUGCUAUUGAUUCGAAGCUAUCUGAAACUGGUUGUACGGAAACAACCACGACGACUCAUUUUGUUGCUCAUCUGUUUAAGUUUACAACCUUUUUCAACAUAUGUAAUAAAAUUCAUCAAUGAUAUUUAUGAUAUAUUUUUGGCCGCUGUUCUCCA